GAUGCUGCAUCCUUUGUUAAACAGCAGCUUGCAGUUAAAUAUUGACUAGUAGUAAACAGUAAAGAAGCGGUAGCAAUGAUCGAUAAAAAAAACCUUCCUUUUACUUGAUCAGAAAAGUGUACUUGUUCAAGCAAUUUUAUAUUGUAUCCAAUUUCCACCUGUAGCAGCCUUUGAGAUAUGUCCAGUCUACUCAAAGGAAUUCAACGAAAGCUCCGACUGAAGUUUCGGAGGAAGAGGAGCACUAAUCGAGCAGUUAAGGAUCGAGACUUGGCUUGAUGAGAGGGAAAACCCGCGAGACGCGAGCUCUUCCUCUGGCCAUGAUAAUGGGCACCAUGCGCUCCUCGCCCUGUGCGUAAGCUGCUGUGGAGGACCCACACAUUAUGAGACGCCAUGGCAUGGUGUGACCGAAGGGUUCAGACUUUGCUGGCCAUCGUGGGGGCCUUCGCCGCCUUCAGUCUCAUGACCAUCGCCAUCGGCACCGACUACUGGCUUUACUCCCGCGCGUACAUCUGCAACACCACUAAUGCCACCACGGACGAGACCCAGAUACAAACUAAGAAAGUCAGAGGCGACCUGACGCACUCCGGGCUGUGGAGGAUCUGCUGUGUCGAAGGUAUCAACAAAGGAAGCUGUUUUCGGAUCAAUCAUUUUCCAGAGGAUAACGACUACGAUACAGACAGCUCUGAGUACAUCUUACGUAUAGUGCGUGCAUCAAGCCUAUUCCCCAUUCUCAGCACCAUUCUGCUGAUGUUGGGUGGCCUGUGUGUCGGGGUUGGACGCGUCUACAGCAACAAGAACAACAUUGUGCUAAGUGCUGGCAUCCUGUUUGUGGCUGCAGGUUUGAGCAACAUCAUCGGCAUCAUUGUCUACAUUUCCAGUAACGCGGGAGAUCCCAGUGACAAGAAAGACGAGGACAAGAAGAACCACUACAACUACGGCUGGUCUUUCUACUUUGGCGCCCUCUCCUUCAUCGUGGCUGAAUCAGUGGGUGUUCUCGCAGUCAACAUAUAUAUUGAGAAAAACAAAGAGACGCGCUUCCGAGCCCGACAUGACUUCAUCAAAACCACCUCCUCUUCUUCGCCAUACUCUCGCAUCCCAAGUUACCGCUACAGACGAAGGCGCUCACGCUCCAGUUCGAGGUCAAGUGACCCGUCCCGCGAGCCCUCCCCAGUGGGGAUGAAGAUCAGUGGAGGAAGUGGUGGUGGAGGAGGAGGAGGGUUGGGGAUGGGUUUGCCAAUGGGAGAUAUAUCCCUGUAUGCCCUCAGUAGGGACCCUCUGAAGGGUGGAAGUGCGACUGCAGGGCCCUACAGUCCAAAGAGGGACUCUGGGUUUUUACAAGUCCACAACUGCUUUCAGAAAGAUCUAAAAGAUGGAGUGAACAGGAGGACCACGCCGGUGUGAGGUCAGGAGUUUAUUGCUGUGUGAAACAAUAAGCUUGAUGGGACACAUUAGAUAUUGUACUGUUGAUAAGAAAGGACACUUCCUCCCCCGGGGCUGUUCAGGCAGCAGCGAUGUUGAAAGGUCAGAGCUCAAAAUUGUUUUCCUUGCAUCCCUCUGUGACAGAAAAGUGCCAAUCUGUGUUUCAUUUGAAGGAAGAAGAAAAGUGAUAUCAAAACAACUUUUUAUGAUAUGACUCAGUAUCUUCUUUAAAAAGUGGAUGCUGACAUUUUGUAGCAAUAUUUGAAGAGUUUAAAACUAAAAUGUGAUACCCAAUAUGUGUGAGUGACCCCUGCUCUUACAGAAAGGCUGUACUGGUAUUCUUUGCCUGAUAAAAUAAUUAACUUUUUAUAGAUAUGAUGCUCAAUAUAAUAAAGAUUAUGAAUAUUGACCUUCAGGUAAUGAUGUUUUACUUCUAUAAUAGCUGUAUAGUGUUUUUGAAAUGAACAUAUUUCUUAUAUUCUGAGACAAGAAGUUUGUCAGCAAUUUUUUUUGCUAAAAUUAAGUGAUUUAUGUGACUGUUUGAGUAUUAUUGUAUUGUGUUUGUAAUUUAACACAACUGGUGCUAACUUAAUCUGUACACCUUUAAUAGUCUUAAGCCUUCUGAACUGCCAUUUAAAUACUUUUACCCUAUAUCAAUAACCUCUCUCAAGCUUGUAUGUGAGAUAUGUGAUAAAUGUGUGUUACAGUAUGUGAAAUGUCUGUUAUGCCUCUGAAACACUGCCAACAUCUAUUGCAUGUGGACAUUAAGGGUAUUUGCUAUUAUUAGAGAAUCCCAUAUUGUUUCCAAUCUCAUAUUGAAGAGUUUGUGAGUUCUUCUAUGAGCCCUAUGAAGGACUAUGUGUUGUAUUAAUUGGGUUUUAAAUUGCAAGUUGGGGGAAAUGUAUAGUUGUAUAUGUUGUGUCAAGUUAAAAUUGAUUUUCUUUGUUUAGGUCUGAUAACAACAGUGUUUUUGUGAUGAGGAAAAAAACUAUAUGUAUAAGCCCUUAAAGAAACCUUGGUCAGGACUCUUAAUAUAUAUUAAAUAUUGUGUUUUUUAUCAGAAUUAAAGAACACUUAUCUUAAAUAGUGACUGGGGAGGCAAAUUCUUCAAAACACAACUUUGUAAUUACAGUUAAAUAAUAAAAUAUGAACUAAA